CCUACCAUUUUCACCCUGAGUGGGAGGAAGAUUAUUUUUUUGUUUAUUCUCAUUCAAAGCAUGUUAGUUUGAUCUGCAAUGCAACGGUGGCGUUGGCAAAGAAAGGGAAUCUGGAGCGGCAUUUUAAAACUGUACACGGGAAAAAGUGUUGUGAGGUUAGUUACUGCAGGCUGGGAACGAUGCGUGUGGGUUUGCAAUGUUGACACUAGACUGGUCGAUUUCGGGAGGUUGGCUACUUGAAAAGUAGAUCUUGAGUCAAAAAAGGUUGGGCACCCCUGCUGUAGGCACAUUCAGUGCGUUUACAUGACACUCAAGAAAGUCAAAUUAUUGGCUUAGUCCGAGGCUUUUAGACGUUUCCCACCAAGCGUGGUUAUUUGACCGGGAAAAAAUGUAUUUAUAUUUUUUGCAUUUUUUUUAAGGGCUUUUAGCCGUUUCUACUGAUCAAGUUGCAUCCAGAUAUUUUUUCACCUUCAUGAAUGUUCCACAACGGUGUGCAUAUGUAGAAUCCAUUAAAUCUGAUGGAUUCUGAAUUGAUUUCAUGCAAAAAUGAAUUUGCAUGCAAUUAUUCUGAGGAAUAACUGCUUGAUGUUAAAGGGCUUUAAGUUAAUCAAUAACAUAUCCCCAGCUUCUAUAUGCUACUGUCAAAGUGCUGUGCUGUAGAUGAUAAAAUUGUCUCAUCUCUGAUUUUACAGGUGCCAUCAUGUUGAUAAAAACUAAAAUAAAUAUGGAACAAAAAUAUGUCAGGAUAACUGAGCCAAACUUGGAAGAAUUCUUGGAUGCUGCUUUCAUGAAGUUCUCCAUCCCACCACCCACUGAAGGCGUCACAGUGUAUGAUGAGACGGGAACGGAGGUGGACGCAGACGUCUUUGAAGACGUUGCACAGCAGCCAAAUGCUGGUGUAUUUACAAUCAGAUUCAAACACACAUUGGAGGGAGCAACAGGCAGUUCACUGCCUGAUGCAGCACUGGAACUUUCUAACUACAACCCUGAAGAUUCAGUCAUCCUAGAACUUUUAUCUUGCACUUCUGAUGACACCAUCAUCCUGGAGGCGGAUUCAAGUCCAUCUGCAAAAAGGCAGAAACAAGACCGAGAUGCCAAACACUUAGUUGAAUCAGCCCUGGCUAAGAAACCAGGUGGAGACCGCAUUGUGAAAGAAUACAACAGGACAAAAGGUCUAACUGACUCUUCACGGCGACAGAUGGUGAACAUCCUUGCUGCCGACAUGACUGAAACUCAUGGGAUGGCACCGCCACGGCAUGUCAGAGAGAUGUAUGCCAAAGAAAUAGUUUCCAUGUUCCCGUACCUGAUGGAUCCAUAUUCCAAAAAUGGAUAUGCAAGUAUUUUUAUGCAUUCAAACAAAUAUACAGAAACUACAAUGCAAUAAGCAAUUAGAUAUUGACUGUGGUGGGUGUACACAAGUACAGUUUUCUACUUAGUAAGUAUUGUUUGUCUUAAUAUAAAGGAACAUUUC